ACCAACAUUCUUCACAUAACAUGGUGAUAGGAAACAAGACGAGAGUCACUGAAUUCAUUCUUUUGGGUUUUCCUGAGCUCUACCAAUACCAGCUCUUGCUUUUUAUAGUUGUUCUUUUAGCUUAUACCCUCUGUGUCCUCGGGAACAUGACUAUAAUUUCUCUGGUUAUGUUGGACCCUUUACUUCAUUCUCCUAUGUAUUUAUUUAUAAGUACAUUUGCUGUUUUAGACAUUGGGUUUAUUACAGUUACAGUCCCAAAAAUGCUAGCUAACUUGAUUGCAGCAGAUAACAGGAUAUCUUUUGUUGGAUGUUUUACACAGUUGCAUGCUUUUGAUUCUUUUGGAGUAGCAGAAUGCUAUUUACUAAUAAUUAUGGCCUAUGACAGAGAUUUGGCCAUAAAUAACCCUUUACGCUAUCCAACAAUGAUGACAAGAACACUUUGUAUUCAGCUUUCAGUUCUCCCGUGGGUCAUUAGUUUUUCCAUAUCUUGUGUUCUCAUGGUUGCUACAGUUACUUUAGAGUUCUGUGGACCCAAUGAGAUGAAUCAUUUCUUCUGUGACUUGCCCCCAUUGCAGAAUUUGGCUUGUUCCAGUUCUUUAAUCAGCAAAGUUUUGACAAUGGCUGCUGCUGUGUUAAAUAUAAUUUUCCCAUUUAGCACCAUAAUGUCUUUUUAUAUUCAUAUCAUAAACACUGUUUUAAAAAUUAAGGGUUUCGAAGGACAGAAGAAGGCCUUUUCAACGUGCUCUUCCCAUCUCAUUGUAGCUCUUAUGUUCUUUGGAACUGCUCUCAUUGUUUAUAUUAAUGCAAAAGGUAACCAGUAUGACAAAUAUCUUGCCCUUUUGUACACUGUCCUCACUCCACUGCUUAAUCCUUUCAUUUAUACCUUUAGAAACCGAGAUGUCAAAGAAGCCAUUAAGAAAUUAAUUUAUCAAAAUCGACAUUUUCAAACAACUUGA